ACACACACACACACAGAAACCUCUCUCUCUCAUCUUGUCAUAAAAAAAAGUACUCAAAAGAAAAUACUCAAACAGAAGAGAACAAGCACAACACAAGAAAGAUAAAAACAACACCCAAUCAAAAAAGUGAAACCCUUUCCCCUCCAAAAGCUGUCACAUUUUAUAUAUUUAUAUUGUUCACUUUACAGACAUGGUGAAACUUGUCAAAACCCAAGAAACUUUUUGUUGUGUGUGAGUGUGUGUAUCUAUACAUAUACAUAUAGAUAUAGUGAUAGAUGGUUGUAUAGAAUGAGAUGGAUGGUAUUUUGGGGAAUGGGGAUUUUGGAUCCACAAAAAAAAGCAAGUGGUGGAAUAAGAACUAAACAAGCUGGUAGAGCUUCUUGCAGGGCUAGUUAGAAGCUUACACUUGCACUUUUUUUUUUAUAAGAAAAAUAAGAAGCUUUUUUAUUUUUUAUAAAGUAUAAUAUAAUAGUGAUACUAAUAAUGGGUUAUUUGCUAAAAGAAGCACUUAAAACACUAUGUGGUGUUAAUCAGUGGUGUUAUGCUAUUUUUUGGAAGAUUGGCUGCCAAAACCCUAAGCUUUUAAUAUGGGAAGAAUGUUAUUAUGAACCUAUCAUUUAUUCCAAUAGUGGGCAUGGAAUGCAAGCCACAAACAAAGUUCACUUGCUUGUGACCAAAAUGAUGAAAGACAACUACAUCAAUCUUUUAGGGGAAGGAUUAGUUGGAAGGGUUGCAUUUACUAGAAAUCAUCAAUGGAUUGUCUCCGAUAACAAAAUGCUAGUUCAUCCCUCCGAGGUAUCAAAUGAGGUUUCUACCCAAAUCUCUGCUGGCAUUCAGACAAUAGCAGUCAUUCCUGUUCAUCCUCAUGGGGUUGUUCAACUUGGUUCAUCCUCAGCUAUUAUGGAGAAUAUUGGAUUUGUGAAUGAUGUGAAGAGUUUAAUUUCUCAACUUGGAUGUGUUCCUGGUGCAUUAUUAACAGAUAUCUACAUGAAAAAUGAAGAUGUUAUGGAGCCUACUCCAUAUACUCAGGAACCUAUCUGCCAUAGGAAUUCUAUUUUUGCGCAUUCAUCAGGAAAAUCUAAAGUGACAGACGGUACACUUUUUAUACCAGACAGCUGCAAUAAUCAGGGCUACAGCCACUCACCUCAGGCUUCCGGAAGCAGUGGACAUACUUCUCUCUCCUUUGGCAGGUGUGUUGGAGAUAACCAAGUGGCUAAAGGUUCAACACUUGCAAACUCUAAAGUUUGUCAUCAAACUUCUACAAAUUUUGAUAACAAAAUUGAUCAAACUGCUUUUGGCUCGUUCUCAGAAAAGUAUAACCUGUUUAAAUCAAUGGAACAAAACAUCUCAUCAGGUGCAUUUUUGGGAGAUCAUGCUGAUACUAUCAUCUCUCAAGUUGCAUGCUCAGAUCGACAACUUUUUACAGAUGCUCAUUUUUCCAGCACUCAUGUUGACACACAGCCCAAGCAAACUUCAAAUAAGGAUAAGUUAGAACAUGAACUAUUUCAAGCUCUUACAAUGUCCUCAGAAGAAGCAUGUCUAAAACCUCCAUCAAGAGAUGACUUAUUUGAUAUUGUGGGUAUGGAUUUUGAAAACAAAGUCUUUGGCGGAAGUCGGAAUAACUUUGUUAAUAAUGGGGUUGAAUCAAACCUGUUGGGUUUUAGAAAGGAUAGUAUGGAUUUAGAGCUAAUUUCAGUUUAUGAAGGAGAAUCCGAUAGUGGUAUAUAUUCAUCUGCAACCAGUGACCAUCUUUUAGAUGCAGUCGUGUCUAAGGUUCAGUCAUCUUUGAAACCUAAUUCAGAUGAUAUGAUGUCAUACUCAUCAUUGACAAAAACCAGCAGCUCCUCUGCUCCUGUUAAUUGUUCAACAUCUGUUUGGGCUACUCAGGGUAUUAAUCUGAUGCAAAAAGAGCUGCUUGGCGUUCCCAAAUCUUUGAAAAGCACCGGGGUGACAAGUUCUUAUUCAUAUAAGGAAGAUGGGGGGAACUUUUCUGAUACUAGCUCCGUUAUUUCAUCCCAGAUUAGUUCUUGGGCUGACCAACGAAAUGAGCUGAAAAAGGAUAGUGGUGUUGGAUCUGGGAAUGCUAAGAAGACGGAUGAAAUCAGCAAAUCAAAUCGCAAGAGACUUAAACCUGGAGAUAACCCUAGACCUAGACCAAAAGACCGCCAGAUGAUCCAAGAUCGUGUAAAGGAAUUAAGAGAAAUUGUCCCGAAUGGUGCCAAGUGUAGCAUUGAUGCUUUGCUCGAACGCACAAUCAAGCACAUGCUUUUCUUGCAAAAUGUUACAAGGCAUGCAGACAAGCUAAACAAAAUGGGGGAUUCAAAGAAUGUUAGCAAGGACGGUGGACUUUUGUUAAGGGACAACUUUGAAGGAGGAGCAACAUGGGCAUACGAGGUUGGUUCGCAAACAAUGGUCUGUCCUAUUAUAGUUGAGGAUCUGAAUUCGCCUCGCCAAAUGCUUGUGGAGAUGCUUUGUGAAGAAAGAGGUUCAUUCUUAGAGAUAGCAGAUAUUAUUAAAGGGUUGGGGUUGACAAUCUUGAAGGGGGUGAUGGAGUCACGUAAUGACAAGAUAUGGGCACACUUUACUGUAGAGGCUAACAGGGACGUGACACGAAUGGAAAUAUUUCUCUCACUUGUAAGCCUCUUUGACCAAGCUUCUAAGAAUGGUGCUGAUUGCAGCGGGAAUGUGAAUGUUCCAGUUCAUGAACAAUCUUUUCCUCAAAUGGCCACAAACGCAGUGAGUGUUGGACCACGUAGUAUACAGUAAUCCCACCAUGCGGCUAGGAUAUGUUGAGAGCAGCUCUGCCAUGACCGACAUUGAUCACAGCCUUGUUUUGUUGAUGGUUACAAAAGUGUUGUAUGUUAUUAGCUGGCCUUUUGAUUGACUAGCGUUUUUUGCUUACAGAAAUAUGUGUAGUUGCUCAGAGCUUCAAUGUCUAUGUAGCCUACUCUUGGUAAUGUAUUUAUCAUGUGUUCAUUGCUUCUUCUGUAUGAAAAUAGUUUUUUGCUGUAUGUUUUUUCUA